UCUUCUAGGAGGUAUGCGAAACCGUUUCAUGGCUGUUGGUUUGGUCCCAAUUAUGGUGUUUCUCGUCCACCCUAAUCAUUUCUGGGGGUUUAUGUUGGGAUCUUUGGCAUUUAUUAUCGCCUGAGCAUAUCUCCAGCCAUCUUUUCUCUCUUGAAGAUUGGAAAAUGGGGGCGGAGGCCUGGGUUUAUGAGGAUUUUAAUAGCCUCAUCAUCAUUAUACCUCAUCAGGUGAAGGCUAGGGAUGUGACUAGGUGCGAUUCGAGAAGGCGCCUACGGGGAUUCUGGUUUUUUCUAUAUAUAGUAAGACUCAGGUAUGGAUUAUGGCACUCCUCUUUCACCUUUUCAAUUCUUUGGUCUGCUUGCUAUCAUUCUGGGUGUGUCUGCUUUGUUUUAGCUUUCUCUAUGGAUGAUUUUCUUAAUACCGUUUCUAAUACCUUAGUUUUUCCCUCUGAUGAAAACACAAUAUUCACCUAUGAUGCUAGUUCUUCCUCUUCCACCCCUGCUACCAUUAGUCUCCUUCUGAAACUCCAUACUAUUAGACCUUAUAAUAGGCCAUCCUUGAUGAAAACCCUAUCUGGCAUUUGGUCAUCACAGUGUAGAUUUCCUGUAUCUGUCACUGAGCAUGCUGAUGGUCUCUUCCUUGUGACUUUCGGUUGUGAGGGUGAUAAAGGUAGAAUUUUAGAGGGUCAGCCAUGGCACUUUGCUCAAAGUGUCACCAUCUUUGCUGCCCCAGAAAGUUCUUUCCCUAUCACCCCUGAUACCCUUCACUAUGUCCCUUUCUGGGUACAAGUUUAUGGGAUACCGUUUAUGUGUAAGUCCUUUGACUUAGCCCGUUUCAUUGCCUCUGAGGUUGGGGAUCUUAUCGAAGUGGAUAAGGACACUGUCAAGGAGGGAACUGGGCCUUAUUUAAGGCUUAGAAUUCUUCUUGAUGUCAAUCUUCCUAUUAGGAGGGGUAUGAAUAUUAGAUUCAUACGUAUGGGUAGAGAAAUUGUCAAAUGGAUUGACUUUAAGUAUGAGAGAUUUCCUGACUUUUGCUUCUUUUGUGGUAAACUUGACCAUACCAAAAGGUACUGUCAUUUUUAUCUCCAAAAGUGUGAUGAUAGUCAAACUGAGCCUUUAUGUCCUUACAACAUCCUCCUGCGUGGUAAGGAAAAAAUUGUGGACAAAGCUAUGCCCUUUCAAUACCCUCACCCUCCUGCUAUUACUGUUGUUGAUCAUGCUCCUGUUAGCCUUACUCUUCCUACUAGGAACUUUCUAGAUAACAUCAUCUCUUUUCCAUCUUUCCUGGCUGGUGCUGGUAAUUCGGGGUCUGGUUUUCUCAGCCCUUAUACUUCUUCAACUGUCAUGAUGCCUACUCCUCUUAAUCCUAAUAGUAAUCAUGCUUUUCAUACUGGUCUUAAUCCAUUUGGUUGUCAUCCUUUGAGGCCUUCGGCAUUCACCUCUUACUCCACUGAUUCCUUGGUGGUGGCGACCACAGUUGGUACAACUGUUAUGCAUUCUGGUGAUAUGAGUACCUCGACUACUCCUGCUGCUGAGGUUGUCUCGGCUAGUCCAGUUGAGGCUGUUGGGACUAGUACUGAAGUUGGCCAACCUGACUCGUUGGUUCGUGGAAAAGGGCUGGCCUCUGCUUCGGGAGUUAAACGCCCAUCUUUCCAGCCCCAACAGGUAGUCGUUGGUGGUUCUGUCAGGUCUCAAUUGAAAAGAGCUAGAGCUGGGGAUAGAGAGGAGGAAUCUUCAUCUGCUUCAACGGACAUGGAACAGGCGGGUGGUGCAUUGCACACCCGCCCAGAAAAAUGAGUCUCAUGUGUUGGAAUGCACGUGGAUUGGGGAGUACACGUGCAUUCAGAAGGCUCUCCCUGCUUGUCAAAACUCACUGUCCGGAUGUUCUUUUUUUGAUUGAAACCCGUUUGGCUGUUGGCUCUGUUGAUAGGUUUAAGGUUGGUCUUGGUUUUGACCAUGGGUUAGAGGUCCCUAGGAAAUAUUUUGGGGGGGGACUUUUACUUUUGUGGAAGGACAGUUUUUUUGUGAAUGUUAUUAACUUUUCCUGUAAUCAUAUAGAUUGUAAUAUAAAUAUUAACGAUAAUGAACUGUUUCAUUUUA